AUGGCCGCAGCAUACCCUCAGCAGCCGUCUCCAAGAGCCGGAAUGAUCGGUCACCACGGUGCCAAUCCAGGCCAUCUGCAGCCUAACGGCCAUGCGCAGCUGCCGCCUCAGCCGAAAAACAGCUCGCAGCGAUUGACGGAGGUCAACGAAGGCACAUGGCUCCAAAUUGUAGGUGCGUUGGAAGAGUUGAUGGGUCAAUCGGACAGCGCCAUCCAUUCAUACGAGCACGCCCUCCGUCACAAUGCAUGGUCCGUCCCAGCAAUGACAGCUAUCUCAAGCAUCCUGCGCAGCAAAGACCAGUUUCCUGCUGCGGUCGACUAUCUGCGACAGAUCCUCAAAGUGGAAAACAACAACGGCGAAGUCUGGGGUAGCCUUGGCCACUGCUAUCUGAUGAUGGAUGAGCUACAGCAAGCGUACUCCGCGUAUCAGCAAGCACUCUAUCACUUAGUCGAUCCAAAAGAGCCAAAACUGUGGUAUGGUAUCGGCAUACUCUACGACCGUUAUGGCUCGCUUGAACACGCCGAAGAAGCGUUUUCGCAGGUCAUGCAAAUGGAACCCCAUUUUGAAAAGGCAAACGAGAUCUACUUCCGCCUUGGGAUAAUCUACAAGCAACAGCAAAAGUUCCGAGAGAGUUUGGAGUGUUUCAAAUAUAUUGUCACAGAUCCUCCUCGGCCACUGACUGAAGAGGACAUCUGGUUCCAGAUUGGUCAUGUUCAUGAGCAGCAGAAAGACUACAACUCGGCGAAGGCUGCUUACAAGCGCGUCCUUGAGCGCGAUCCGAAGCAUGCCAAAGUGCUGCAGCAACUUGGAUGGUUGCACCAUCAACAGAGCACUGCCUAUGAGAGCCAGGAACAGGCGAUCGAGUACCUCGAGCAAUCCGUCAAUUCCGAUCAAACUGAUGCGCAGAGCUGGUAUCUGCUCGGUCGCUGUUACAUGUCACAGCACAAGUACCCGAAGGCAUACGAGGCCUAUCAACAGGCGGUGUACCGCGACGGAAGGAACCCAACCUUUUGGUGCUCCAUUGGAGUGCUCUACUACCAGAUCAAUCAAUAUCGCGAUGCGCUUGACGCGUACUCCCGCGCAAUUCGUCUCAAUCCCAACAUCUCGGAGGUCUGGUACGACCUCGGAACCUUGUACGAAUCUUGCAACAACCAGACUGCCGACGCACUAGAUGCAUACCAGCGUGCUGCUGAGCUUGAUCCUGCGAAUGUGCAUAUCAAGGCACGCCUGCAGCUUCUGCAGAGUGGGCAGCCAUCAGCUGGAUUGCCGAACCAGAAUAGCCAGCCUCUUCCACAAGACGUCCACCCACAGAUGUAUCAGCCCAGCGGCAUCAAUGGACCCCCAGGCCCGCAGUGGCCUGGUGCACCACCCCCCGCUCAGCCUCCGCAGGGCCCUCCGCCCUCAGCUAUGGGCGGUCGUGGCAACGAUUGGAGCGGACAUCGUUUGGCGGAAAUUCAACAGCCACAGAUACCGCAACAGCAAAUCAGUCAUCCCUAUGACCAGCGGGAUGUGCAGAGGCCACCCGUGAACCAGAUGCCUCCGCGACCCGCCAGUCCGAGAAGAGAACCACUGAGGCCAUACCAGGAACCGCCACGUCAGGAGCCUCCCAUACGCAGAGGACUCACUCCUUCGCCCAAGACUCAUCAUGCGGCCCCUGUCUUGUAUCAGGGUCUUCAAGGUUUGCAACAGCCACCACCACCACAAGCUCAAUUGCCUCCGCACCAACAGCCGCCGCAGAACAGGAUCACAAACCCUAACUACGGCCCACAUUCAGCAAGUGUUCCUCCACCAUCCAGCGGUCUCGGCGGCCCCCCGCCAGGCUCCAUGCCGCCCUAUGGAAGAAUGACCAGCCCGCCACCAGAGGUGCGCCCGAUCGUAGAAAACCAGGUCCAGUCUCCCGGCGCUGCUUAUCCUCGUCAGCAAUACCAGCACCUACCCAAUCAGGCUGGGCCAGGAGGCAUUGCCAAUGGCGCACCUCCACCGGCUUCAGCGCUGGCUGCCGCCGAAGCCGCUGCGCGUGAGCGCGAGAGUACCAGAACACCUGCCGUCCCCAAGCGAGCUUGGGAGGACGACAACAUGGGCCAAAAGCCUGCAGACGAGAAACGCCCGCGCCUCGAGGAUCACCACCACCGUCGGCCCUCCCCGCCGCCAGGCCCGGAGAGGAUCGCCACACCAGCUAGGCGUAGUCCUCACAACACCGAACCGCGUCGCCUUGACGAACCUCCUCGGCUGAAUGACGGUUAUCACCCAUCGGAAGCCGCUCAUCACCCGCCGUCACUCCCUUCGAUACACCACACCCAGUCUCAGCAGCCGCAGAACAGGCAGAUCUCUGAGGCUCCGAAAGAGGAACGCAGGGAGCCGCAUGAGCCAGCGGUUCGCAAGAUGGAUGUUGAUGAAGACUACGAUGAUAGCGGUGAAGAUGAGAAACGCAACGGUAUGAUCAGGUCUGGGAGGAACAGCCCACGCGGCUCGGCGAACGGUAUGCACCAUGGCGCGAGCUCUGUUGAUCAGAAGCCUUAG